UGUGUUUCCCCUGAACUGAUCAGAUUGAACCUCCGAACACGGUUCUUUUCCAUUCACGAAUCCCUGUUUGCAGCAGGUUGAAUGCUUUGUGAUAAACAGGCUAGACUCUAUUCUGGCGUCACGGCUAUUAUAAAGUGUGAUGACUUGCUCUAAAUUGCCCUCUUGCACGAAGAAGCCAUUAUACAGUUACAAACGUCACAGGAACGUCAUUAGAAUAUCACAGUGUCCAACUCCCUUUGUGGCCCUUUUCACGUUUUACAAUCAUUGCAUUUCUCCAGGGAUGUAAUCCAGACCCCAUGAGGUAAACUGACACUGGUGCACUGUGUGUGGUACACUGGCACGCUCUGAUGAAAAAAGCAUGCUUCCUCUCUCAUGUCACAGCACUAACCCUGAACAGAUCCCAAACAAAGCGGACUCCUCUUGUGCACCUUUGCAACCUGAAACCCCACUGUUACUUGUUGCAUAAAUGAUACAAGAGCCGUGAUUUAUCUAAACUUGUCAAGUUGUCGUGCCAAAUAAUUGGCCUGACAAAUGUGGACAUAUAGGUGUUUUGGAAUGAGGGUCGGCCGGGGUAGGGGGGGAGGAGAUUUGUCUUCUACUCCACUGUGCCGUGUCCGGCUCCUAGUCUGGAUCCGGGCCAGAUGGGGAGGGAGCAGUUCCUGGCGAUUUCUUGGAGGGAUUUGGGGGGAUUGAGGGGCAGAGACAGAGAUUUUAGAAAUGAUAGGUGGUCGAGUUGUGUUUGGCUGAGUGGAUAUGCGCAAGCAGAGACGAGGAUCCUUGUUGCCCCCCCCCCUCUCAUUUGGAGUUAUUGCCAGCGAUGGACAGAGGGAGGAAGGUGCAGCGGCUGGCAUUUCAGGGUUAUGAACGUGUGGAGCAUUGCAAAGAGAUCCUGAUCUUUUUAAAAGGAAAACUUUAAUAGCUCCUGACAGAGAAGAGUGAGUUGUCCAAGUGUUACAGAAACCUCACAGUGGUUGAAUCCAAAAAACAAAGCCGCAACCAUGACGACAGAGAGCUCCAACCAACAUUUGGAUCCAUCCAACCCUUCACGCUCAGGCCAAACGCCCGGUGCUCUGAGCUCAGCUCUGCUGAGCGCGCAGCCAGUGAUGGAGAACACACAUUCUGCAUCAGCUAAAGGCAAGAAGGGAAACAUGGGCUUGAGGCGCCCAGAAAAGCCCCCGUACUCAUACAUUGCCCUGAUUGUGAUGGCAAUCCAAAGCUCACCGACGAAAAGGCUGACGCUGAGCGAAAUCUAUCAGUUUUUACAGGCCCGCUUUCCCUUCUUUAGAGGCUCUUACCAGGGAUGGAAGAACUCCGUCAGACACAACCUGUCUCUGAACGAGUGCUUCAUCAAACUGCCCAAAGGACUGGGCAGACCCGGUAAAGGACACUACUGGACCAUAGACCCCGGCAGUGAGUUCAUGUUCGAGGAGGGCUCCUUUCGCCGCAGACCUCGUGGGUUCCGUAGGAAAUGUCAAGCUUUAAAACCGAUGUACAGAAUGGUGAACGGUAUCGGCUUCGGUGCGUCCAUGCUGCCGCAGAACUUUGACUUCCAGUCCCCUCCUGGGUCACUGGGCUGUCACGGCAGUUACAACAUCGAGUUAAUGGGUAAUCCAGUGCCAGGUGGUUUUGAGGGGCUCGGAGGGGGGCAUCACGUCCCACACAUGUCGUCAGGCACCGGGUCACCGUACAUGGCUGCAUGUCAGGCGGCCUCCAACACGGACUACUGCCCGGACAGCAACAGCAGCCCCCUGCAGACCUCUCCGGCGGUGGUGGGCUCUCUGGACUGUCAGUCGCCUUAUGCAAAUGCAGCCUCACACUGGGGUUCAUCUGGUGUGGCCUCAUACAUGAAACAGCAGUCACUGGCUUCUAGCAGCCCCACUUCAUCUGCUCUGCACACGGGGAUGUCGUCGUACUCCCUGGACCAGGGAUAUCUGCACCAUAAUGGACGAGAUUCCUCUGACAUUCCAGUGGGACUUUCUCGAUAUUCCAGCCACCCAGCUUCUGUGUGUGACAGGAAGGACUUUGUCCUGAACCUGAACGGAAUCUCUUCCCUUCAUCCCAGCAGCGGAGGAUCUUAUUACCAUCAGCUCCAUCACCAUCACCAGAGUGUGUGUCAUGACGUCAAGCCACGUGUGAUGUGACAGCGUGAAGAUUAAAAACUGACCGGUGACCACGUGAAGGCUCGGUCGAUGUCAGUGUUAUUGCAUUUUCCUGAGGACUGCGGACCUUAUAAACGGUUUUUACUGAAACGUAUGAUAUGAGGACUUGUUGUGACACUUCACUUGCACGACACAUGCAUAAGCAGUAUUAUCUUUCUUUUUUUUUUAAAUGUAUCUCUAUCUUUAUUCAUGCACUUAAUUGUUUUGUCCCGAUGUUUUCUUAAAGAUGUUACAAGUCAUUAAAGAGAUUUAUU